UUUCCUCUUUCCCCAGCUGCUGUGUGAGAGGCUGUAGCCAUGUCUGACUUUGUGGAGAGCGAAGCAGAGGAGUCAGAGGAAGAGUACAACCAGGAUGGGGAGGUUGUACCCAGAGUAACCAAGAAGUUUGUAGAGGAAGAUGAGGAUGAUGAGGAAGAGGAGGAGCUGAACCUCGAUGAUCAGGAUGAGCAGGGGAACCUGAAAGGAUUCAUUAACGAUGAUGAUGAUGAGGAAGAAGAGGAGGAAGGCAGUGACUCUGGAGACUCCGAGGAUGAUGUUGGCCACAAAAAGAGAAAGCGCACUUUUGAUGACCGCCUGGAGGAUGAUGACUUUGACCUCAUUGAAGAAAACUUGGGUGUUAAAGUCAAAAGACAAAAAUUCAGGCGUGUGCGAAAAAUGUCUGAUGAUGAGGACGAUGAAGCAGAGGAUUAUGGAAAGGAAGAACAUGAGAAGGAAGCCAUUGCUGAAGAGAUCUUUCAGGAUGGUGAAGGCGAGGAAGGAGGGGAGGCUGUGGAAGUUCCUGUUGCUCCACAGGAAGAGGAAGAGGAGGAGGAGGAAGAUGAAUCUGACAUUGAUGACUUCAUUGUGGAUGAUGAUGGACAACCUCUGAAGAAGCCAAAAUGGAGGAAGAAGCUUCCAGGAUACACAGAUGCUGCUUUGCAGGAAGCCCAGGAAAUCUUUGGUGUGGAUUUUGACUACGAUGAGUUUGAGAAGUACAAUGAGUACGACGAGGAGAUGGAGGAGGAGUAUGAAUACGAGGAUGAGGAAACCGAAGGGGAGACACGCGUGCGGCCCAAAAAAACGACCAAGAAACGUGUCAGUCGCCGCAGCAUCUUCGAGAUGUACGAGCCCAGUGAGCUGGAGAGCAGCCACCUCACAGACCAGGACAACGAGAUCCGCAUGACAGACAUGCCUGAGAGGUUCCAGCUGAGAUCCAUCCCAGUGAAGAGUGCUGAAGAUGAUGAGCUGGAGGAGGAAGCUGACUGGAUUUAUAGGAAUGCAUUUGCAACGCCCACCAUCUCCUUGCAGGAAAGUUCUGACUACCUUGACCGUGGACAAGCCAGCAGCUUCAGCCGCAAGGGGCCCAGCACCAUUCAGAAGAUUAAAGAAGCCCUGAAUUUCAUGAGGAAUCAGCAUUUUGAGGUCCCGUUCAUCGCCUUCUACAGAAAGGAGUAUGUGGAGCCAGAGCUGCACAUCAACGACCUGUGGAGGGUCUGGCAGUGGGAUGAGAAGUGGACCCAGCUGAAGAUCCGCAAGCAGAACCUGACACGACUGUUUGAGAAGAUGCAGGCCUACCAGUAUGAGCAAAUCUCUGCUGACCCAGACAAGCCCUUGGCUGAUGGAAUAAGGGCCUUGGAUACUACUGACAUGGAGAGGCUGAAGGACGUGCAGUCCAUGGACGAGCUGAAGGACGUGUACAAUCACUUCCUGCUGUACUACGGGAGAGACAUUCCCAAGAUGCAGAAUGCUGCCAAGGCCGCUCGCAAAAAGCAAAAGCGGAUCCGGGAGGAUGGUGAAGAGGAGGAAGGUGAAGGGGAGGAUGCAGAGGAUGAUGAGCAGAAGGGGCCUGAGCUGAAGCAGGCUUCCCGAAGGGAUAUGUACACCAUCUGCCAGGCAGCUGGGCUGGAUGGCUUGGCUAAGAAAUUUGGUCUGACACCUGAGCAGUUUGGAGAGAAUCUCCGAGACAGUUACCAGCGUCACGAGACAGAGCAGUUCCCUGCAGAGCCCCUGGAACUGGCCAAGGAUUAUGUGUGUAGUCAAUUCCCAAGCCCGGAAGCAGUGCUGGAAGGAGCUCGGUACAUGGUGGCUUUGCAGAUUGCCAGGGAGCCCUUGGUCAGACAGGUCCUGAGACAGACUUUCCAAGAACGAGCCAAAAUCAACAUUUCACCAACCAAAAAAGGGAAGAAGGAUAUUGAUGAAGCCCACUAUGCCUAUUCCUUUAAAUACAUGAAGAACAAGCCUGUGAAGGAGCUGAGAGACGACCAGUUCCUGAAAAUGAGCCUGGCAGAGGAUGAGGCACUGCUCACCAUAGAUAUCAGCAUUGACAUGAAAGGAGUGGAGGGUUAUGGCAGUGACCAGACAUACUUUGAGGAAAUCAAGCAGUUCUAUUACCGGGAUGAGUUCAGUCACCAGGUGCAGGAGUGGAAUCGGCAGCGCACCAUGGCCAUCGAGCGCUCCCUCAACCAGUUCCUCUACGUGCAGAUGGCCAAAGAGUUAAAGAACAAGCUCUUAGUGGAGGCCAAGGAAUAUGUCCUCAAGGCUUGCAGCCGCAAACUGUACAACUGGCUGAAGGUUGCUGCGUACAGGCCAGAUCAGCAAGUGGAGGAAGACGAUGAUUUCAUGGAUGAAAACCAAGGGAAGGGGAUCCGGGUGCUGGGCAUUGCGUUUUCAUCAGCCAGGGACCACCCUGUGUUUUGUGCCCUCGUUAAUGGAGAGGGUGAGGUGACAGAUUUCCUCCGAUUGCCACACUUCACAAAGAGAAGGAAUGCCUGGCGUGAGGAGGAGAGAGAAAAGAAGGCCCAGGAUAUUGAAACAUUGAAAAAAUUCCUCUUAAACAAGAAGCCUCAUGUGGUGACAAUUGCAGGCGAGAACAGGGAUGCUCAGAUGCUGAUGGAGGAUGUAAAGAGAAUUGUUCAUGAGCUGGACCAAGGGCAGCAGCUGUCCUCGAUUGGAGUGGAGCUGGUGGAUAAUGAACUGGCCAUCCUCUACAUGAACAGCAAGAAGUCUGAGAAUGAAUUCCGGGAUUACCCCCCUCUGCUGCGUCAGGCCGUGUCCCUCGCUCGCCGCAUCCAGGACCCCCUCAUAGAGUUUGCCCAGGUCUGCAGCUCUGAUGAGGACAUUCUCUGCCUGAAACUCCACCCUCUGCAGGAGCACGUGGUGAAGGAGGAGCUGCUGAACGCGCUCUACUGCGAAUUCAUCAACCGUGUGAACGAGGUGGGGGUGGAUGUGAACAGGGCCAUUGCUCACCCCCACAGCCAGGCUUUGCUGCAGUACGUGUGCGGCCUGGGACCACGCAAAGGCACUCACCUGCUGAAGAUCUUAAAACAAAACAACACCCGUCUGGAGAACAGGACCCAGCUGGUUACGAUGUGUCACAUGGGACCCAAAGUGUUUAUCAACUGUGCUGGCUUCAUCAAAAUUGACACAGCAUCACUGGGUGAUAGCACUGAUUCCUACAUUGAAGUCCUAGAUGGCUCUAGGGUCCAUCCUGAAACCUACGAAUGGGCAAGGAAAAUGGCAGUGGAUGCCCUGGAGUACGAUGAGUCAGCUGAGGAUGCAAAUCCUGCAGGAGCUCUGGAGGAAAUCCUGGAAAACCCCGAACGCCUGAAAGACCUGGAUCUCGAUGCCUUUGCUGAAGAACUGGAAAGACAGGGCUAUGGUGACAAGCACAUCACUUUGUAUGACAUUCGAGCUGAGCUAAGCUGCAGAUACAAGGACCUGAGAACCCCGUACCGUUCUCCCAACACAGAGGAGGUCUUCAAUAUGCUGACCAAAGAAACUCCAGAGACAUUUUACAUAGGUAAAAUGAUCAUCUGCAAUGUGACUGGGAUUGCCCACAGGCGCCCACAGGGAGAGAGCUACGACCAGGCGAUACGGAAUGACGAAACUGGCCUUUGGCAGUGCCCUUUCUGCCAGCAGGACAACUUCCCAGAGCUCAGUGAGGUUUGGAACCAUUUUGACAGCGGUUCCUGCCCAGGUCAGGCCAUUGGAGUGAAGACACGUCUGGAUAAUGGUGUUGCUGGCUUCAUCCCAACAAAAUUUCUUAGUGACAAGGUGGUCAAGAGGCCAGAAGAAAGGGUGAAGGUGGGAAUGACUGUCCACUGCCGCAUCAUGAAGAUUGACAUCGAGAAAUUCAGUGCAGACCUGACCUGCAGGACCUCAGACCUGAUGGACAAGAACAAUGAGUGGAAACUGCCCAAAGACACCUACUAUGACUUCGACUCUGAGGCAGCAGAUCACAAGCAGGAAGAAGACAUGAAAAGAAAGCAGCAGAGGACAAUGUACGUCAAGAGGGUAAUUGCUCACCCAUCAUUCCACAACAUCAGCUUCAAGCAAGCAGAGAAGAUGAUGGAGACCAUGGACCAAGGGGAUGUGAUUAUUCGGCCAAGCAGCAAAGGGGAUAAUCAUCUGACUGUCACCUGGAAGGUCAACGAUGGCAUUUACCAGCACGUGGAUGUCCGGGAAGAGGGCAAGGAGAAUGCCUUCAGCCUGGGCUCCAUGCUCUGGAUUAACACAGAGGAGUUUGAAGACCUGGAUGAAAUUGUUGCUCGUUAUGUCCAGCCAAUGGCUUCCUUUGCCAGAGACCUGUUGAACCACAAAUACUACCAGGACUGCAAUGGUGGAGACAAGAAGAAGCUGGAAGAGCUCCUGAUAAAGAGCAAGAAAGAGAAGCCAACAUUUAUUCCAUACUUUAUUAGUGCCUGUAAAGACCUACCUGGUAAAUUCCUCUUGGGAUACCAGCCUCGAGGCAAACCAAGGAUAGAGUAUGUGACAGUGACACCAGAGGGAUUCCGCUACCGGGGCCAAGUCUUCCCUACAGUGAAUGGACUUUUCCGAUGGUUUAAGGAUCACUAUCAGGACCCUGUUCCAGGUAUCACCCCCAGCAGUAGCAGUCGGACCAGGACUCCAGCCUCCAUUAAUGCUACCCCAGCUAACAUCAACCUGGCAGAUCUGACACGUGCAGUGAAUGCUCUACCACAGAACAUGACCUCCCAGAUGUUCAGUGCCAUCGCUGCAGUGACAGGCCAGGGACAGAACCCAAAUGCCACCCCAGCACAGUGGGGCUCCAGCCAGUACGGCUAUGGAGGCAGCGGAGGCGGCAGCAGCGCGUACCACGUCUUCACAACUCCAGCCCAGCAGCCGGUGGCCACCCCUCUGAUGACUCCCAGCUACUCCUACACUACUCCCAGCCAGCCCAUCACCACACCCCAGUACCAGCUCCAGGCCAACACCACACCCCAGUCCUCCCAGUCACAGCCAUCGUCCAGCUCCAGGCAGAGGCAGCAGCCAAAGACCAACACCCAUGCUGCCAUCGACUGGGGCAAGAUGGCCGAGCAGUGGCUGCAGGAGAAGGAGGCUGAGCGGAGGAAACAGAAGCAGAGGUUGACCCCUCGCCCCUCUCCCAGCCCCAUGAUCGAGAGCACGCCCAUGUCCAUCGCCGGGGACGCCACGCCUCUCCUGGAUGAGAUGGAUCGAUAGGACCUGACACCCGACACCUCUGCUCUCUCCUCCUAGGAAGGGGGAAGGAGAGGAAACAAUAGGAAGCAACUUCCCUUAGACACAUAACUCCUGUUUUAUACGUCGUGGGAUGGUGGGAAAUGACUCUUGGUGAUGUGCACCUGAGCAAGAGAAUAGACUCGGCAGGGCUGGUUUAAAAAUAUAUACUAUAUAUAAGAAAAAUAUAUCGUAGAAAGGAACACUGCAUCAGCCUCUGCGUUCUAGGCUCCGGUUUUGAGGCACCUUGGAAACUUAGCAAAGCAAAACAUGAGGUCAAAGGAGUCUGUCCUUGUACAUGCACAGCACUCUGCUUUCACCCCAAAGACUGGGAAGCAAACGGA